AUGGCAGUGCAGGGCGCCCUAGGUGAGGAGUGGGACUCGGAGGAGGUGGAAGAUUCCGCCCACGCUACCCCCUGGGCUGAAGGCUCCUCCCACACUCCCCCCCGGCCGGAGGCUCCUCCUCCCCACCUCCCGCCCUCCCCUUGUUUCUUUCACCUUCGAUUUCGCUCUGGGAAGCCCAGGGAAUCCAGGGGCGACGGCUGGAAGACAGCCCAAAGAGGUAGCUGGAGUGCGCCCUGGGCGGGGCAGCUAGAGGAGGAACGAGACCGAGGAGGACGCAGUCGCUCGCCCCGCUCUUGCCUGGCGGCGCCUAGCACCGACUGGAUCGUGUGCCAAGCGCUGCCAGGCGUAGGUCCGGUCAGCUGGAGAGACUUCUGGGCACCGGGAGAGGAAGAACAGGACUGGAUGGAAGGCGUCCAACAUGAUGAAAUAUGGUGUAGAAGAAUGGUCUGUGUAGAACGAGCUCUGGGUACUAAAGUUGCAAGACCAAAGAGGACCGUGGGCUGCCUGCCACAUCUCCUCCCGGCUUGGCCCCUUUCUGGCUGGACGAGCGGCUCCCGGGACCGCGAUGAACACUACUGCAGCGCCCCCUGCUGCAUGGCAGCCACAAUGCAUGGAAAACAGACAUGUAGAGGGCUGACUCCCCCCCCUUCCCCACCAUACCUCGGCCAUAGCUCCAAAGGCAGCACCUAACCAGCGAGCUCUCCAAAACGGCGGCAAGAAAU